GCGUGGCGCGGCGGCCGCGAAACGUGCGCAGGCGCUGGCUGCUGCGGUGCAGAUGGCGGAAAUGGAUCCGGUAGCCGAGUUCCCCCAGCCUCCCGGUGCUGCGCGCUGGGCUGAGGUUAUGGCUCGCUUCGCGGCCAAGCUGGGCGCGCAGGGCCGGCGGGUGGUGUUGGUCACGUCAGGCGGCACCAAGGUCCCACUGGAAGCGCGGCCGGUGCGCUUCCUGGACAACUUCAGCAGCGGGCGGCGCGGUGCAACCUCGGCCGAGGCCUUCCUAGCCGCUGGCUAUGGGGUCCUGUUCUUGUAUCGCGCUCGCUCCGCCUUCCCCUAUGCCCACCGCUUCCCACCCCAGACUUGGCUGUCUGCUCUGCGGCCUUCGGGUCCAGCCCUUUCGGGCUUGCUGAGCCUGGAGGCUGAGGAGAAUGCACUUCCGGGUUUUGCUGAGGCUCUGAGGAGCUACCAGGGGGCUGCGGCUGCAGGCACCUUCCUGGCGGUAGAGUUCACCACUUUGGCGGACUAUUUGCAUCUGUUGCAGGCUGCGGCCCAGGCACUCAAUCCGCUAGGCCCUUCUGCGAUGUUUUACCUGGCUGCGGCUGUGUCAGAUUUCUAUGUUCCUGUCUCUGAAAUGCCUGAACACAAGAUCCAGUCAUCUGGGGGCCCACUGCAGAUAACAAUGAAGAUGGUGCCAAAACUGCUUUCUCCUUUGGUUAAAGAUUGGGCCCCCAAAGCAUUUAUAAUUUCCUUUAAGUUGGAGACUGACCCCGCCAUUGUAAUUAAUCGAGCUCGGAAGGCUUUGGAAAUUUAUCAGCAUCAAGUGGUGGUGGCUAAUAUCCUUGAGUCACGACAGUCCUUUGUGUUUAUUGUAACCAAAGACUCGGAAACCAAGUUAUUGCUAUCAGAGGAAGAAAUAGAAAAAGGCAUAGAGAUAGAAGAGAAGAUAGUGGAUAAUCUUCAGUCUCGACACACAGCUUUUAUAGGUGACAAAAACUGAAGUAAAAAGCCCUUAUAGGAUCAGAAAUUGUUCAGGGCUCUUAGAGAUGGUGAAAACUACAAAAAAACCAUGGCUUUCAUAUGGACAGAGAAAAUGAAAGAAAGGGAAAAGGCAGUGGUGUGCAGGCAAAUACGUUUGGCAUUUGUCUUUUAAUGACACCUGAUAAUGCUCACCUGAUGUCAUUUUGAUUUUGAAAUUGAACACUAGAACUGUUAAUCACCUUUAAAAAGAAGAGCUUAUUGGGAAUUAUAUAUUCCUUAAAAUAUACGUGGGGGCCUGAAUAUCAGCCAUCUUUAUACUAUAAAAAGAGGAUUAUGGAUGCAUGAAUGGUCAUGCUUUGGAGAUCAAAUAUUGGUUGAAUGCCUAUGUAUGUCAGGCCCUGUGCUGAGCCAUGAGGAUUAAAAAGAUGAAUAAACAUAUCUUGUUUAGGAGAUGGAUGUAUAAAAAAAUCAAGUGCAAUAAAGUGUGUGUCCAAAAGCCGACACAAUGGAAAGGA